AUGGCUGUUAACAUACCAGGAGUGAUAGCGAUGGUGUUCUUCUACCUGCUGGUCCUUGGGACCGGAAUCUGGGCUUCUUUCAAGUCCAAGAGGGAACGGAAAAAAAGUGCAGCCACACAAAUGGAGAUGACCCUGCUGGGGAACCGGAGUAUUAACUUGGUGGUGGGGAUCUUCACAUUGACAGCUUCGUGGGUCGGAGGAGCCUUAAUCGUUGGCACAGCUGAGAUGGUGUACACGCCUUCUCUAGGACUAACCUGGGCACUUGUGAUGAUAGCAUCAUACAGCACAUGUUUUAUUUUUGGUGGCUUAGUGUUUGCACAGCCAAUGAGAGAAAGAAACUGUGUGACGAUGCUGGACCCUUUCCAUGCAAAGUAUGGAAAAGCAGUAACAGCUGGACUAAGCUUGGCUUCACUUUUUAUGGAUUUGUUUUGGUUUCCAUCCACAUUGAUGGGUUUAGGAGGAAUUAUGAGUGUAGUCCUGGAUGUGUCCUUCACUGUGUGCAUCUGGAUCUCUGCUGCUGUGGCCAUCACCUACACACUGCUGGGAGGUCUCUACUCCGUGGCCUACACAGAUGUUAUACAGCUUGUCCUUAUAUUCGUUAGCUUGUGGAUCUGUGUCCCCUUUGUUUUGAUGAACCCUUGCUCUUUGGACAUCAGCCAGACUCUGAUGAACAACACUUUACAUGCUCCCUGGAUUGGUGAACCAGGGCUGAAAAAGACCUGGAUAAUAAUUGAUGAAUUCUUAUUCUUUACACUUGGCAGUCAGGGAUAUCAGUGUCUCCACCAGAGAUUCUUGUCAGCGUCUUCCACUUCAACAGCCAAGCUUACCUCCAUCAUUGCAGCCUUCCUCUUUCCAAUAUUUGGCAUACCUCCUCUUCUGCUUGGAGCAGCUGCUGCAUCCACAGACUGGAACCUCACUACCUAUGGUUCUCCAUCUCCAUAUGAACGUGGGGAAGCAGCUCUAGUUCUACCCAUCGUCCUGCAGCACCUCACACCAUCGGUCAUCUCCAUUAUCGGCACUGGAUGUGUUGCUGCAGCUGUGAUGUCGUCUGCAGACUCUGCGUUGCUUUCUGCAGCUUCUGUCUUCACCUCCAACAUAUACAAGAACAUCCUGAGGCCCCAGGCAUCAGAGAGAGAGACUCAGUGGGUGAUCCGUGCUUCUGUGUUGGUGGUGGGCUUGAUUGGUACAGCACUCACCAACCUGAAAAACAGCAUCUUAUUGUUCUGGUUCAUUGGUGCUGAAGUGGCCUACGUUGUAAUCUUCCCUCAACUCAUCUGCGUCCUCUUCUUCAACAUCUCCAACGGUUACGGGGCUGUUAUGGGGUUUGUGGUUGGAGUGGUAUUAAGACUGCUUAGUGGAGACCCGUCACUAGGGUUAGCGCCAGUCAUACACUUCCCAGGAUGCACUCUUGAGGACGGUGUUUAUGUCCAGUACUCUCCAGUUAAGACCAUCUCCAUGCUGUCUGCCAUUGCUGCCAUCUUGUUGUUCUCCUACCUGGCUUCUGUGCUCUUUAACAGAGGCCUGCUGCCUGAGAGGUGGGAUGUGUUCAAAGUGAAAGCGCAGCUCUCACCACAACCACUGACACCAGUAGAUGGAGCUACAGAGCACAGUGAGACUGAGAAAUUGAGGAGAAAAACAUCUCAGACCGAGGAAUCAGAGCCAGUGAACAGCACAACCUGUUAG